UGGGAGGCGGUCUAUCCUCAUUUGGUCGUACCUGCAGCUGGGCAUUCUGGGUUGUAGCUCCGCCCUCUCCCCUUCAUACACCGCCUACUGCAUUUUUAGGUUCCUGAGUGGGAUGGCGGUGUCUGGCAUCAUCCUGAAUGCAGUCUCACUGAAGGUGGAGUGGAUCCCGACCAGAGAGAGGACAUUAGUGGGCACGCUCACCUCCUUCUCCUUCACCUUUGGUCAGAUGAUCCUGGCGGGGCUUGCCUAUUGGCUGAGAGACUGGAGGAAGCUGCAGGUGGUCGUCUGCGCCCCCCAGUUCCUGUUCUUCGCCUACAGCUGGUGGUACUCUGAGUCAGCUCGCUGGUUGGUUCUGAACCGCCGGUCUGAGGAGGCAUUAAAGAGUCUUCACCGAGUCGCUCGAAUCAACGGAAAACCAGAGAUGGUCGACAAGUUAACCCUGGAGGUUCUGAACUCCCACAUGAGGAAAGAGAUUGAGUCGAGUGGUUCUUCGUUAACGGCGUACGACCUGCUGAGGACCCGAGGGAUGAGACGAAUCUCCAUCUGCCUCGUCGUUGUCUGGUUCUCCACCAGUUUUGCGUACUACGGUUUGGCGAUGGACCUGCAGAAGUUUGGGGUUAGUAUCUACCUUAUGCAGAUCAUCUUUGGAGCCGUCGAUAUUCCAGCCAAACUGUUGGCUCUGGCCAUGCUCACUUACCUGGGGAGGAGGGUCUCCCAGGCAACCUGUCUAUUCCUGUCGGCACUUAUCAUCUUUGCCAACAUCUUCGUCCCCACAGACUUGCAGACGGUCAGGACGGUGUUGGCGUGUCUCGGUAAAGGUUUCACCUCGGCCUCCUUCACCACCGUGUACCUGUACACCGGAGAGCUGUACCCCACCGUCAUCAGGCAGACUGGGAUGGGCUUCGUGUCCACCAUGGCGAGAGCCGGCAGCAUGGCAGCGCCCGCCGUCCUCAUCCUGGACGAGGUACUCCCUGCUCUGCCCAGCGUGGUGUACGGCGGCGCGGCGGUGUUGGCCGCCGGCUUCGCCUGCUUCCUGCCGGAGACGCUGAACAUGCCCCUCCCCGACACCAUCGAAGACGUGGAGCAGAAAUGGUCUGGAACAAGCCCCGCCCCCCCGCAAGAAGAGGGCGUGGCUCUAAACGAGGGCAUGGCUCGGAAAUAGGGCGUGGCUCUGGACGAGGGCGUGGCUCUGAA